AUGGCUUCCAUUGAGCCAUACAACGUUUCUGUCUCCGAGUCUGCAAUCCAAAGGCUUCAUAAGAAGCUCGAAGCAGCAGACUUCCCAGAUGAGCUUGAUGAAGCUGGCUGGGACUAUGGCGCCUCCCUUGCCGAUGUCAAGAGAUUGACGACUUACUGGAAGGACCAAUUCAACUGGAAGGAACAGGAAGCCAAGCUCAAUGAGUUGCCCCAUUUCAAAACCCAAAUUACUGUCGAUGGCUUCGAGACUCUCAAUAUACACUUUCUACACCUGAAAAGCAACGCUGAUCGAACGAUUCCAUUGCUGUUCAUUCAUGGCUGGCCGGGAAGCUUCCUCGAAGCCACGAAGAUCCUGCGACCGCUUGCAGAGGGAAUCAAAGACGGCCCCGCUUUUCACGUCGUUGCGCCGUCUCUUCCUAAUUAUGGAUUCAGUUCGGGCACCAAGAACAGAGGCUUUGCCCUGCCGCAGUAUGCAGAGACUUGCCAUAAGCUCAUGCUCGCCCUAGGAUACGACCAAUACGUAACGCAAGGUGGGGACUGGGGAUGCAUGACAUCUCGUAUAAUGGGCCUCCUCUACCCAUCCCACGUGAAAGCCUCGCACAUCAAUAUGGUACGAGGCCAUCCGCCGACUCUGACCUCGAACCCGAUCCUCUACCUCAAACAUGCCUUGUUCUCCUACAAUUCGCGAGAAACAUACGGCUUCGAUCGCACGAAAUGGUUUACGAUAGAAGGGGCUGGUUAUCGUACUCAACAAUCUACGAAGCCGCAGACUUUGGGUUACGCUCUUGCGGACAGCCCCGUUGGUCUUCUUGCUUGGGUCUACGAGAAACUGCACGAUUGGACUGACAAAUAUUCCUGGACGGACGACGAGAUUCUGACGUGGGUGAGCAUCUACUGGUUCAGCACCGCCGGUCCAGCCGCAAAUCUGAGAAUCUACUACGAGGCAUCGCCGUUACAUUGUGAUCCAGCAUACAGCCGCGAUGUGACGGAGAAGUACAUUCCGAAGGUGAAACUGGGACUGGCACAUUUUCCGAAGGAGUUAUCGGUCGUGCCGAAGACUUGGGGGAGGACGAUGGGUCCUGUCGUUUAUGAAAGCGAGCAUCUCGCUGGAGGACAUUUUGCUGCAUGGGAACAGCCGCAGGCUAUUCUGGACGAUUUGCGGGCGAUGUUUGGGAGGAAAGGAGGCGCAUACGGCGCUGUGGAGGGGAAAGACGGAUCAUAA